AAAAUUUCGUCAUUCAUCCCUUUCCCAGUUGAACUGGAUAUGGAGCCUUUCAUGUCGUCUAGGUAAGUAAAAUAGUCCUGAAAGUCCUUGAAUGUCCUUGAAUUUGUAAGGGAGUAGCUGCUACUUUUCUUGCUUUAGUUUUUGGAUAUUUGGCAUUCAAAACGGACAUUUUGUUGAAUUGAUUUUGCAUGUUCAUAUCUGACAAAGCUGUUUGAAACUCAUUAAAGUUUCAUUUUGAAAAAUUCAACGUCAGAUUUUACUGAUUUCUGACCCCUUGUCAUCAGUAUUUAGUCCUUGAAUUUUCUGAUACAUGGCCUUGAAUGUCCUUGAAAAAGUCCUUGAAUUAGACUCUUUCACAUGUACGAACCUUGUGCAAAAUUAUAUAUCCCACUUGACCAUAGAUUAAGUAAGGACAGAUGUGUAACUUCAGUAAAAAAGUUGUCCCAUAAUCGUCAUCUUCCUAGCAAGCAUAGAAUAUAUAAUAGACCAGAAGUCUCACUGUACACCUUUCCUUAACAUUUUCGUGUCCACGAUUUUCGCCUUGCGGAUCACGAAUUGCGCACGCUAGAUGACGUCUGUGACACUUGCUGCGAACAUCACGUCAGCGUUCGUCAGCGUCAAUUCCUCAAAUCAACGGUUUUUCUUGAAAUUCGAAAAACAUGCUCAAAGUGUACGCUGCAUAUUCUGCAAUUAUUGUGCAAAUAUUUUACGCUUUUGUUUUUUACGUUGUGUCUUCCUGUUGCGAUGACCCAUUACUUGGACCAGUGGCAUUUAAAAACGGUUAAAACAGCAAUCUGUAUUACCUAGUGAUGGCAAUUGAUGGCGUUGCUCGCGUUUGAUGGCGUUGUGAUUACACUUGCUGGCUCGCGCUUGCGCAUAAAAAAUCUCGGACACAAUGUUGGCUGAGUGAGGCUUCUGGUCUAUUUUCUAUUCUGUGUAGCAAGUGUCGCUCGCGUGAUUGUUCGUCAUCUGGUAAUACGUCAUUGCUUUCAAAAAUGCUUUCAACACCUUUUCUACAAAUUUAAAUGCUUUCAACAACUUUAAACAUUCAACAAAUAUGCUCUUGAUUGUUUAAUCCAUAUGUUUCGAUCCAAGAAGGCAGCAAUAAAGUGCAAAGUAAAAAUUCGAGUUCAAAUCCCGCUCGAGCCAACGAUUUUUCGUUGGUCAAUUGACCAUUUGCGUAAUAGACUAAAUUUUGAACUAAACAAGUCUAGACAAACGGGAAAUUGACAGCCCCAAACCCUUCGAGGCUGUCAAUUUCCUGUCUGUAAUCUAAAAUGACUGAAAAUUGCAAAUUUCGCAAGCCUAUAUUUUCCGCAUUUUACAACAUUUUGCAACGAAACUUUGGAAUAUUACUAAUUUUGUAAUGCUCUUUCAAGCUGUAAUGAAAUUUUUGUUGAGAUCAAAAUUUAGUCUAUUACGCAAAUGGUCAAUUGCAGUGUCAGAAUAAUAUGAAACUGGUUUUUCGUAUCUCUGAGGAUGGUUCUAAAAUGACGUGUACAUCGAAGGAAAUUUGAGGACACGAAGUCCUAUUAAGUUACACAUCUGGUAUAUACUGUACUUAAUCUGUGACUUGACUAAGAUCCCACCUAUAUGCGCUUUUACAAAGAGCAUGCAGAUGUCACUUGGGUGAGUUUCGCGGUUAGCUAUUACUAUAUGUACAGUGAUAUUUUUUGUUUUAAUUUUAGCGAACAAAUUGAAAAUGUAAAUAUACAAACCCCAAGUUCUUCCUGUCCGGUGAAUGAUUAUAGGUAUGUUUUAUAGUUGCUAUAAGUUAAUUUUAUUCAAAUAUAUAUUUUAUGAUAAGAAGAGGAUUGCAUAAAUUAGGGGAACUUGAAAGAAAUGUUUCUGUACUUUAUAUUCUCUAUAUGCAUGAUCGUUGCUAACCUGAGCAAUUUCUAAUAUUUUUCCCAGAUAUUCGUUAUUUGCUGUCGUCAACCACAGUGGCACACUCGAAGUUGGUCACUACACUUGCUUUGUCAGACAGAAAAAGGACCAGGUAAUGAAAGUCUAUUCUUCUAAGUUUUAUCAUGUAUAGUUGAAGAAACUGAAUACCAGUGCUGGAAAAUAUCCGGCAGCACCACUGCCAGGACGUUUUAACAAAAUAUCUUUGCAGGAAAUUUUCUUACAUCUUGCAGGAAAUUCCUGUCAUCUUGUAUACUAGAAUGCCAUAUUAUUUACCGAGGUUGUUCACCACAUAUCCACAAUUGUUUUCACAAUGUGCGGCACCAUAUACGUUCUCCGAAAUUAUUAUUUUUGGAUUUUGCUGCCAGGAAGAAAAAAAUUUAAUGUAUUUUCUUGGGUUGCUGAAUAUUUAUAGCAAAGCAGCUGACGAUAGCAAACCAACUUAUUUGAAAUUCAUGAUUUCACAAAUAAUUAACAAUUAUUCGCCGAAGGUAAGGUAGCCUGCGGGCAGCCAAGGUGAUUAUCGGUGAAUAAAAACCGAGACGAAGUCGAGGUUUUUAUUCGCAAAUAUCACCCAGCAUGAGGUGAAUAAUUGUUUUAGUAUAAUUUCAUAGGUGGUUAUAUGGAAAAAAAUAAAAAAUACCAUUUCUUUGUCAUUUAAUUAACAAAACGGCUUCGGCCGCCAUUUCGAAAAUCACUUAGGUGAUUAUCGCGUUAUAAUCACCUCAACGGCAACCAAUCACCGUGGAGAAUUUUCAAUAAUCACCUUCCAAAUAUAGUAAAGUUCCAAAUAUAGUAAAGUUUAAAGCAGCUAUAUUGAGAUUUAAAGUGGUUUCAUUGCCUUACAAACGUGCCUUUUCCACGACAAAGUAUUCAAUAUAUUUUUGUCGUCGUUUUUUUUAUUUUUUACUUUAAUUUAAUUUACAUAAAAAAGGGAAUCAAUAUUAAAGAUACACUGACAUUUAAUAUAUGCUGUCUUGUUUAGUUGUUUCAUAUACGCAAAGGCCGUCGGGUUUUAAAUCCAUUAUAAAAUUAAUAUUUAAAACAAACUUACCUUCGUUAUUCGUUAACAUCGGCUCCCUUCUUUUAGCCGAUUCUUUCGCAGUUUCUUUCUCAGAGAGCUUUUGAAAUUUACAAAAUCUUGCAAAAAUGCGAGCAAAAAUGGAAUAUAUUUGCAAGAAAUUUAUCAAUCAUCAAAUCAACUCAAGAAAUGUUUGCUAUUUCGCAGUCGUUAUAAUGCAAACUUUAAAUUGGACCAAUCAGUGUCCGCUAUUCGUGACAGUCCGCCAUAUUUUUGAGAUCAGUGAGGAUGACCACCCACCCAACACCGUUGGUCACCCACGCCCGCGAUAUUUGAUGAACUUUAGACUCCGCUAAUGCUUUCGUUUCCCCGGGUGUAAAUAGCCGGGGGGAAUUAGUACCCUUCGCAAGGCUAUAUUUUCUGCAUUUUACAACAUUUCGUAACCAAAUUUGAAAUUUUACUGAUUUUAGUAAGUUCUUUACGAAAAUAUACUUUUUUCCCCCUAAAUAAAAAAUUAGUCUAUUCAUGCAAGUUGUCUAUUGAAAUGUGCUUGGGUUGGGGUGCACCGGAUGCAGCUUUUUGCUAUUCCGCCGGAUGCCAGAGAUGCCAGGUUUUCGAAAAUAUCGCAUACCGGAUACCGGUUAUUUUAUGUAUAAGGUUUAGGAUUUCAUUUAAGGUAAAAUAAUGAUUUUAAUUGGUUAUAAAGUGAUGAUGUUUAAAAUAUAUUUUGAUUUGAAAUAUAGAAAGAACUUCACAGUCUAAUAUCGAUCAACUUUGACAAUACUGCAAUUGCUAGCUUCUCUCCGAUCAUUUCAAAUAAAAAUAUGAUAAACAUCCAUGCAUUCUUUUAGCAAUAUCGAAUUAUUUUAAACCUGCAAAACAAGGCCUUCUAUAAACAAUAUCCGGUAUCUGACCUGAUAUUAGAAGUAUCAAGUCGAAUGUCCCUAAAAACGACUAACAUACGUGAUCAUGAGUUUCCUAUCCAGAUUUCGUAUUGUCCAUGUAUUAUCAUAUAUCUAUAUAGGGCCGCGGUUGUACAAAAAGGUAGCUAUAGUUAAAGUUAACUACUGGGAAAAAUAGUGAAAUUCAGACUGUGGAAUUUCCGAUUGUAUCGCUUAUAAAUAUCCGUAGUAUGUCCAUACAAUAUCCAUAGUAUCAUUGAAAUUGUAAUUAGUAUGCAAAUUGGAUUUCAAAGUGGAUUUCACACUAUUUCCAUAGUAAGGAUUUUGAAAGAAAUUUCCAAUGUUAGUGCGAACGAUGACCAAUCAGAAGGGCGUAUUUGAGAGUUAACUACUAUAUAUUUAACUACAAAACGGGUCGUUAAAAAGUAGUUAAGCCUUUGCACUCUCUUUAGUGGUUCAAAUGUGACGAUGCGUGGAUAACGAAAGCGACGGUUGAGGAGGUACUUAUGAGUGAAGGGUAAGAAUAUUUUUACUCUAAUUUUGUUUUUCUGGGAAGAAUUUUCAUGCGUCAAGUUUGUAAAAUGCACAAACAGAAUUUUUAAUUAAUUAAUAACAUUAAUUUCAUAUUAUCGAAUAUCGAAUCAUUGUCUUAUCCACAAAAUGGUCAAGCCGGUUUUUGAUUGCACAAUUAUCAUUAGAAAAAUUAUCUUUAAAGAUAUUACAAUUUUCCUUUUUAAACAAUCACCCACUUGGAUAUAUUACUUUGAUAUACUAUUUUUAAGUUAAAAAUUAUCAUAUCUAUAUACAUAUACAUAUAUCAGUAAAAUUGGUCAUUUCUUAUUCUAUAGGUACUUGUUAUUUUAUCACAAGCAGGUCUUGGAAUACGAGUAUUAAUUUAUACAUGUGACAUUAAUUAAUUGCGACAAAAUUACACAAAACACAUCCUACUUGCAACUUGCAGUCUUUCGAAGGCUGUCCACGCGUGCGUAUAAGAUACGCAUAGAGUAUAGACUUUGUAUGCCAAUUGCCCAAUUCAGAUCGUGUGAUGCUUCAGAGGAUUUUUUGUAUAUGUUGCGUAACACGCGCUCAAAUACUAAAAUGACGUGUGACGUUUAGCUUGGUUAGGUUGUAUUGCUGUAAAUAUGGUGUCAAUAGGCAAUUCCAGCUUUUAGUUUAUGCGUGCAGGGGAUGAUGGGAAGUAAGGUAUCGUAUUGCUGAUUAUGCUGAAAAAAUAAAAAUGGUGGCUGUGUAAACACGGAGUGAUAGCUUAUACUAAUACGGAAAUAUUUGGGUUGUUUCGGCAGUUUUUAUUGAAAUUUUUCAGCAUAAUCAGCAAUAUGAUACCUUACUUCCCAUCAUCCCCUGCACGCAUUACCUAUUUAAUCCUUGAUUUUAAUGCAUCAUUGAUGAUUUAUUUUAUUCGACAUUUUUUACUACAACUUUGUGUUUCGCAACCGCCAGAUGCAUUCAAAGAAUUAACUAAUUGUAUAUAUCAAAUAGAAAAUGAAACUGAAACAAAUUUUAAGAAGGAAUGUGAGAAUGAGAGUUUUACGUUUUGAACCGGCUUUUUUUCGCGAAUGCCCGACACAGAAAAUAAUUGCCUCUUUAAUUUAGUUUUUUUAUUACUCUUUGUCAUGAGUUAUUUUUCAUUCAUAUUCAAAUAUAAAAUACAUAAACACGUAGAGUAACGAAAGAUGUAACUAAAGUGUGUAUAAAAAAUGCGCAGUUUGAAAAUGUUCGCUAAACUUGGCAAAUUCCGCAAAAUUUGUGAAAACAUUUUGCAUGCAAGAGCAGUUUAGGGUCUGCUAGUAUCUUUUCCAAUGAAAUUAUUUUGAAAAGUAAAUUUUCGUGUGCAGCAGGGUUGUUUUUAAAAAACACUUUAAAAAUGGCUUGCGCACAAAAAUGAAAAGCUUAAAACGCAAUUUCAAAUCAAAGAGUAACAAUUUAGAAGGUGCCUUAUGAACUAUCAAAGUACCAGAUAAUUUGAUGUACAUUAAGUCCAAGUCGAGACCUCCAAAACGUGGACCUUUUUUGCCAUAGUAGUCUUUCACUCAUGAUUGAUAUAUCACACGCAUGCAUGAUUGAUUUUAUGCAUGAUUGAUUUUAUGCAUGAUUGAUUUUAUGCAUGAUUGAUUUUAUGCAUGGUUGAUUUUAUGCAUGGUUGAUUUCUUGCAAACUCUUUACAAAAAGUUUAUGCGUGAAAGGCUACUAUAUCGCGAAAAAGUCCAGCUUAUAGAGAGAUCACGCGUUAAACUUUGUAAAACACUUUCUAAAUUUGCACCUCGUGAAUUCAAAUUGCGUUUUAAGCAUUACAUUUUUGUCCGCAACUGGCAAGACCUCUUCUCCAAUUUUCAUCCAAAUUUAACUAAAAUUUAAUCAAUAUACCCUUGGGCGAUGUCUAUUAUUGCCACAAAUGUUCGUAUUAAUACACACACACACACACACACGCAGACACAAAAACAAAAACGCAAUUAAAACAUAACCUCCUGGUGGAGGAAAUAAUCACAUGAUCUGAAAUGGGAAUCUCCAUACAAUGCGAAGAAAGUCUAUUUGAAUUAUAACAUUAUGAGUGAACUGUUCUAAUUACAACGAACUUAUUCACUAUAACGAACUAUAGAUAGGAAAUAUUCAAGAUUUAUUUGUAAAUACGUUUAUAAAUCGACACGCAAAUCAAUUCACACCAUUCAAUACUUUCACAAAUAAUUGAUUAUUUAACGUUGAAUGUCAUAAUGAGUGAGAUAAUUUAAUACAUUUUUAUACAUCUGUGUGCUAAAUUGUUUACAAUAUUAAUAAUUGAUGAAGACAAUCCAAAAGAUGUUAAUGCUAUUCCUCUCCCAGAACACAUCCUAAAUAUUUAACCUCCCCCUCUUUUUUACAACGACAAAUCACAGCCCCGCCCUUUUUUUCGCCCCCCCCCCCCCCCCAACCAUGAAUAAUUAACCUUCCCUAAACGGCCAAGCUGUAUUUAGAAAAGAUUGGGAAGCCGUGAUUUCUAGAGACGAUGUUAUUGUAUUGUACUUCCGAGGAUAUUUUAUGAUUGCCAAGUAAUCGAUAUUAGCAACCGCAUAAUUGUCCAAUGGUCCUUGAAUGACUCGAAUGUAAAUUUCUAACCUGCAAACGGGCAUACUCGGUUUGGCCUGCGGAUGAGGUCGCAACGUAUUAUGGAUAUUUAAUCGUAAGAAUUGUGUCGUAACAGAAAGUGCCCGUUAUACAAAUUUUACUUCAACUUCAAAAAAUCAUUUAAUUAAUUCAUUAAAUAAAACAGUUCUAUAAGGACAAGUCAUGAUAUACAAUAUAAUACAUAUAUAAUUCUAGCGUUUUAAGCAACCAGAAAGCGAUAUCAAGCUUUUCUUGGUGAUGACUCUGUUGUUUUCUCCACAAUUCCAAACGAUUUAUAAAGUCUGUUCUGUCUUGUCCCCUGUAUUCUGGUUAAGUCUUUUCCGUAUUGUAAAUCACGUUUUAAUGUUUUAUGUUGUUCUUCAAGCUGCUGUCGUUUCUCGUGAAGGGCGCGAGUUCUUCUAAUCAAUGCCAGUAGUUCUUUUCUUAAUUUCUGAUUUUCUUCUUUCACUUUUUGUGUCUGACUUAUCAUCGAUUGUUUUGCCUCCUGUUUGGGAAAAAGAACCAGUUUCAU